AUGAAUGGGGCAUCAAAACUUUUUCGUCCAUCUUCAAGAAUUGAACGGCCGGCUAAACCGUUGGCGCGAUUGCGCAAACCACUGAUUCGAGUGAAUGCCGUUUAUCUGCAUGUUGAUUAUCAGAUUACAUGGUGCAAUAAGGGCCUCGAUCCUCCUGAUACAAAAAUUCAAGUUAUAUUAUGUCCAUCGCCUCAACGAGCAACAACUGAAACUGGCAUAUCUUGUGCUGCUCUUAAGUAUGAGGCGUCAGAAAACAUUAAGCUACUGGCCAAACCCCGGCCAAUACCAAAAACGGACGAUAAAAAGUGCUUUUCCGUGAAGCCAUUGUCGCUUACUUACAAGUCAUCACUUCGAUAUCUUCAACUCUCCAAGUCUUGA